UGCUGUGAGCUGUGAUGCAACAGCACUCUAACGAGGGCGACAAAGUAAGACUCUGUAUGUACAAAAAAAAAAAGAAAGAAAAGAAAAAAGAAUGAUUUUAUCUUGUUUGAAAUGCCUGAGGAUCACACCUGUGUGAUGCUUUCCAGCUGCACACUUAGGAGUAGUUCUGGGGAAAUUUCUUCCAACGAAGGAAAGAAAUACUCUUGUAAUGAGAACAGCUCAAUCAUUUUUAUAGUGCUCAACCAUCAGCGCCCCAAAACCUGAGGUAGUUAUUAGUUACUACCUUGCCAGCAAUAAAAGCUUGAUUACAGCCCCUGAUGGCUUAUUGCGGGAAGGCCUUUGGUUCCUCCAACUUCCAUAGACAAAGUGAUAAUAAUUGUGAUUAAUUAUUGUGUGGCACAAUACAAAGACUAGAUGAUGCAUAGUGGUUUCCAGAUGGCGCCUGCAAGGGAACUGGACAGCUCCUCCAAUGGCCUUAUAGGCCCUUUACAGAUCAGGGCCUGUCAGCCUUGAGCUGCCCCCAGCCCUGUGGGUCUGGGUUUGGGCUUUAGUGUACUUCCUUUCUCAGCGCUAUGACCUUGAGCAUAAGCCUCACCGUCUUUCUUCCUGGCUCACCGACCCGGACCCCCAGCGCCGAGCAGGGGGCGGGGCUGCUCCGAGGCCUGGUGCCGCCCUCUGCCGGCGGCCCCGCCCCUCCCGCCGCCGCCAGCUCCCUCUGACUGGUAGUGCGACGCGCGCCUGCGCUGGCCCUCGCCUCGGAGCAGCCAUGAUGGAAGGCCUGGACGACGGCCCCGACUUCCUCUCAGAGGAGGACCGCGGACUUAAAGCGAUAAAUGUGGAUCUUCAAAGUGAUGCUGCUCUGCAGGUGGAUAUUUCUGAUGCUCUUAGUGAGAGAGACAAAGUAAAAUUCACUGUUCACACAAAGAGUUCAUUGCCAAAUUUUAAACAAAACGAAUUUUCUGUUGUUCGACAACAUGAGGAAUUCAUCUGGCUUCACGAUUCCUUUGUUGAAAAUGAAGACUAUGCAGGCUAUAUUAUCCCACCAGCACCACCAAGACCUGAUUUUGAUGCUUCAAGGGAAAAACUACAGAAGCUUGGAGAAGGAGAAGGAUCGAUGACAAAAGAAGAAUUCACAAAGAUGAAGCAGGAACUGGAAGCUGAAUAUUUGGCAAUAUUCAAGAAGACAGUUGCAAUGCAUGAAGUGUUCCUAUGUCGAGUGGCAGCACAUCCUAUUUUGAGAAAAGAUUUAAAUUUCCAUGUCUUCUUGGAAUAUAAUCAAGAUUUGAGUGUGCGAGGAAAAAAUAAAAAAGAAAAGCUUGAAGAUUUUUUUAAAAACAUGGUUAAAUCAGCAGAUGGAGUGAUUGUUUCAGGAGUAAAGGAUGUAGAUGAUUUCUUUGAGCACGAACGAACAUUCCUUUUAGAAUAUCAUAACCGAGUUAAGGAUGCAUCUGCUAAAUCUGAUAGGAUGACAAGAUCCCACAAAAGUGCUGCAGAUGAUUACAAUAGAAUUGGUUCAUCAUUGUAUACUCUAGGAACUCAAGAUUCUACAGAUAUAUGCAAGUUUUUCCUCAAAGUUUCAGAACUGUUCGACAAAACAAGAAAAAUAGAGGCACGGGUGUCUGCUGAUGAGGACCUCAAACUUUCUGACCUUUUAAAAUAUUACUUAAGAGAAUCUCAAGCUGCUAAGGAUCUCCUCUACCGGAGGUCUAGGUCACUGGUGGAUUAUGAAAAUGCUAAUAAAGCAUUGGAUAAAGCAAGAGCGAAAAAUAAAGAUGUUCUGCAGGCUGAAACUUCCCAACAAUUAUGUUGUCAGAAAUUUGAAAAAAUAUCUGAAUCUGCAAAACAAGAACUUAUAGAUUUUAAGACAAGAAGAGUUGCUGCCUUCAGAAAAAAUUUAGUGGAACUGGCAGAGUUGGAACUGAAGCAUGCUAAGGGUAACCUACAGUUGCUGCAGAAUUGUCUGGCAGUGUUAAAUGGAGACACAUAAGCCACUCUCCGCCUUCCUGUUACAAAGGGCUGCCUUCCUUCAAACAUUAUUUUUCUUCAUAAUUUAGGCCUUUGUGCUCACUGGAAACAAAAAACAGCUGACAAGAGUGCAUCUCUUUUCUGAGCAACAGUGGUGUGGCGCUGUGCACAGACGAUGCUAGUCUAUGUGGGGAGCAGCUUUGGUCCUGAAUUGCCGUCCAUCACUGUCCUACUCAGAAGUCCAAAGUUCGUUCUUUUCCAGAGUAGCCUCUGUAACUGUGUUUAUGUUAUGAAUGGUAUUCCUUCUGGUUGCCAAUCUUAUUUACCUUUAAAAUAAUUUCUGAAGUUUAACCCUUUCAAAACGCAUCAUUCAAAUAAGAUAACAAAUGCCUUUCUUGAGUUUGGGGGUUUUGUUUUUGUUUGUUUUUUUUACUUCGUUACUUUGUUUUUAAAAGGCAUUGUAUACUACCUUAGUUCAUUCACGUAUCCUGGUAAAGCAUUCUAACCAGACUUAUUUUUGAUUAAUGAAUAUUUCCUAGAUGUUUUGGGACAGACUUUAUGUAAUCUUUAUGAUUUCUGAAGCAAAGCAAAUGCAUUAUUAGUACGUUUGCCUUAAACUUGUAGACUAAACCAAUUAUUGUAAAAAUAAACAGCGAUAACAUUGACGGUUUUUAACCAUAUGGUCAUUGUAUCACUCUAAAAUGUGGAGUAGCUGCAGUAAAUCUACUCCCAAACCAUGCGUU